UUAGUUGUUAAUCAAGCUUCCUGCAGUGAGGACGUUCUCUCGCUCAACUGUGGCCAACGACAGACCCCUUCAAAAUUGUUGUGGACAAUUUUUGAAAUGAAUUUUGCUUUUGCCUCAAAAACAUUUUCUAAUAGCAAUGUGCAGCAUAGACACGAGCCAACGCCGCAUCUACCGCCACCAGCACCCCCGGCAAAUGCCACGGCAGCAACAGAGCCACCAGCCGCGCUCAUAGUCACUUCAUCUAGUGUUUUGGUGUAAGUGCAGUUGCCCGACUUGUCGUUCGGACCAAGUGAACUUAAAAAGUGUAACAAUGUCGUAAAUCAUGUAAUGCCUGAACAUUUUUAUUACAAUUGCCGACAAAGUCUAUGCAGCGCACCAACAGCCAACCUAACAACAACAAUAACGGCAGCAACAACAACUAUCAUACGAAUUUUAAUGGCAAAAUCACCAGUGACAAGUGCAACUGAAAAAGUGUCCACCAUAUACAUAGUGUGUUAUUAACCUAGGAUGUGCGAACUGCUAGACCAAAGUGAUAUUUGAUCCAUUCGACGAAAACAUGAAAGUUAACUUACAUUUGAAAAUUAUCCAGUAGAACUAAACAAAACAAGAAAAAAAAAAAAUAAAGCAAUAAAAUUCCCGAAAUCAGCCGGCAACCCAUAGCAUAGCAGAAGACAUGAACAAUAAAAAAAUAAUACUUGUGAAGUGAACUUAGUACAUGGACGAAAAGUUUGUUCUCUGUCCAGUGUUUAAUUGCCAACGAAAUUUAAAAGGAACAGCAGCAGCAGCAGCAAUCGAACAACAGCAACUGAUUUACCGGACAAAUCUACCAAAUUAAGAACAAAAAUUACGCAAUGAUGACUACUUCCCAGCAUUUCUUCAACAACCCAUACGCCAUGUUUCAUGGCCCUCCGCCCAAAAUGGGGCCGCCAGAAAGUCCGCACAACAAUUACGCUCUUGACCUUCAUACAACCACAAAGCCGAGAACCCUUGACAGAGAGGAGAGACCACCACCAUAUACGCCGCCCCCACCACCAACAUCACCUAGGUUCAACGCUGACCUAGGAGCUAUGGACCAGCAAUUCUGUCUACGCUGGAACAAUCAUCCGACAAAUUUAACCGGUGUCCUCACCUCCCUGCUGCAACGAGAAGCACUUUGUGAUGUUACUCUAGCCUGCGAAGGUGAAACAGUUAAGGCUCAUCAAGCCAUAUUAUCAGCAUGCAGUCCAUAUUUCGAAACAAUAUUCCUGCAAAAUCACCAUCCACAUCCAAUAAUAUACUUGAAGGAUGUCAGAUACUCAGAGAUGCGUUCCCUGCUGGAUUUCAUGUACAAGGGCGAAGUCAAUGUCGGCCAAAGUUCAUUACCGAUGUUCCUCAAAACAGCCGAAAGUCUGCAGGUGCGCGGUCUCACAGAUAACAAUAAUCUAAAUUAUCCUUCCGAACUUGACAAACACCGCGAUGCAGAUAUUUCUUCGCCCACUGGCCGAACAUCAUACGGUGCUGGCGGCGGCGCCGGCGGACCAGGUUUGGGCAUGCGUGGUGAACGCGAAUCACGCGAUCGAGGUCGCGGUGAAAUGCGCGACGACCUGCACUCACAUCGCAGCAGCAGUAGUCUCAGUGAACGCAGUUCAGCGACCGCGGCUGCUGUCGCUGCAGCUGUUGCCGCGGCUAGUGGAAACGCCAGUUUACAGUCUGCCGCCGCAACGCUAGGCCUAACCGGUGGCGAACGAUCUCCUAGUGUUGGUAGUGCCAGUGCAGCAGCUGCCGCUGUGGCAGCCGUUGUUGCUGCCGCAGCCGGUCGCAGUGCUAGUGCCGAUGUCUUAAACAGUCGCGGCGAUGCCGGCAGUGAUCGUGGCAGCGAUCGCGGCAAUGACAACAGUGUUUGUGGCGGUGUAGAUCGUGGCGGUAUUGAUGAGCGUCGCGAUGAUCUGGGCCAAAUAGAUUACAGCAAUCAGAGCAAGAGAGAUCGCGACAGAGAGGUGUCAACCACACCAGAGCAUAUUAUUAGUAAUAAAAGAAGACGUAAGAACUCAUCUAACUGUGAUAAUUUGUUGACCUCGACCCCAAAUGCGAAUGUACAGGACAGGCAUUACGCUCAAGACUCUCAGGCGCCCUCAAAUUUUAAAUCAAGUCCCGUGCCAAAAUCUUCAACUGGCGGUGGUGGUGGCGGCAACACAUCAGAAACAGAGGACUCUGGAGGACGUCGAGACUCCCCCCUUUCAGCUAGUGCUCUCAGCGGAGGCGGCAAUGUCAAUGCAUCGUCUGGCGGCAUGGGCCUCAAUCAGUCGCUGAGUAUUAAACAAGAACUAAUGGACGCCCAACAACAGCAGCAACGUGAACAUCAUGUCUCAUUGCCCCCAGAAUAUUUGCCGCCCGGAGCCUUAAAGCACUCCGAAGACAUGGCAUCAUUGCUAUCAAGCCAUUCAAUGCAAGCAGCUGACUCACGAGAGGAUCACAAUGAUGCGAAACAAUUGCCCUUCGACCAGUCCGACAACAUUGACGGCUCCAAAGCCUGGCAUAUGCGGCUGACGUUUGAGCGUCUGUCUGGUGGGUGCAAUCUACAUCGCUGCAAAUUGUGCGGAAAGGUGGUCACGCACAUACGUAAUCACUACCAUGUCCACUUUCCGGGGAGAUUUGAGUGCCCGCUGUGUCGGGCCACUUAUACGCGCAGCGACAACCUGAGGACACAUUGCAAAUUCAAGCACCCGAUGUAUAAUCCGGAUACGAGAAAGUUUGAAAAUAUGAUGUCAGGUGCGGCCGCUACAGCGACACAAUCGCCCACUCCCACCCAAUUGGCGGCGGCGUCACAAGCAGCCAUGGCAGCAGCUGCUGCCGCGGCGGCUUUUAAUGCCGCCCAACAGCAACAACAGAGAGAGCAACAGCAAAGAGAACACCACCAGCAGCAAUUACAACAGCACGCCCACAAUUUGACACAACAAACGCAACAGCUUUUGCAGCAGCAAAUUCAACAGCAGCAGCAUCAUCAACAGCAACAACAAGCUGCUCAAAUGAUUUCGCAGACGGUGGGUCACCAACAGUCACAGCCGCACAAUGCCACAAAUGAAUGAUACGGAUCUUUUUUCAACUGGAAUUAUGGCAAUAUCCUAGGAAAUACAUAUGCACCACCGCCACCUCCUCCACCCCAACCGACCGUAGUGUCAGCCUCAUCUUCAGCACAGCUAGCAACGUCGUCAUCGGCAUCGUCGGGUUCGAUUUCAGCAACCAAUCCCUUUGCCUGGAAUGCCGAAGAUACAUUGCAUCACCAAACGCAGCGGUUACACCUCGACAGCAGUAAUUUCACGGCAACGCAAACAUCUCUGAAAAGCUUAUACUAUAACCAUUACAUGGCGAACAACAAUACGACGGUGUCAUUGGCAACUGAUCCAUUUUUAGGCUACACCAAACCACUCCCUUUAAAUCGCAAAGAAAAGCCGCAACCAGCAUUUCAUCAACAAAUUCCAAUUCACAGUCUAAUUGAUAGUGACGAUAACGACGACGGCGACGACGACCAAGUGGACGAAGAACACGACGAAACUAAUCGGAGAAAUUUAACACCGACUCCACUAUCAACGCAGAUUUUAUCAGCCAAGUUGGCGCCCAACGUCAAGUCAACUAUGAAUGGUACUUCCAAAAUUAAGGACUCACCGAACGAACCAUCCCUGCUUAGCAAGAGAACAAAAGAAGAAACUGAAACUCGGAUCCAUGGCAAUGGAGUAACUGAAAUGCACAACAACAAAUCGAAUAUUAUAACAGAUAAAUUUAUAUCCCAACCCCAAGCGGCAAAUAAUUGAGGAGAUGUCCAAAGACGGUUUGAAAUGUAUUUCCGAAAAUAAAACUCGUCAUUUGUCCAAGGAUAAGAAAAUAGAAAUUACACUAAGUAGAACCCAAAAAUUCUCUCACACUCAAAAAAAGUCACGUUCUCCCUCGCACACUUGGCUGCUGGUACAAAUGAGAGCGAUCGCUGUCGACCGUGUGAAUUGAUGUCAAAUGGUUUCAUGUUGAUUGUGGUGAAUAUGGUGGAUGGCACAAGAGCGGGUGUUAAUUUGCAACGGUUUCUUAAGAUACACCACAUAUAACUACCAGUAUGUAAAUGUUUAUGUUGCCAAAAAAACAAAACAAAAAAAAAAAAAAACAAACAAACAAACAAUUACAGAAAGUUAUAAAAACUCACAAAAAUUUAAUAAUAACAACAAUAACAACUUGUAAUAAUAACAAAAAUUAUAUUUUAAAUCAAUCACUCGAUCGAUAUCUAUGUACAAUGUAUCCACAAUCUUUCAAACUAUCUAUGUAUCUACCAUUCACACAAUAUGACGAUGUAUGCAUUUAAUGUUCCAAAAACAAAAAAGAACUACUGUUUGUUAGAAAGAAUGGCAAAAAAUACUAAAUUAUUAAAGAAAUAACACCGGAGAUUUAGCAAAGUGCAAUUUUGCCCUUGAAGAAAAACAACUACAACAAAAACCUGACCAGAACGUAAAUUCAAUAGAUUAUAUUCGAAAAAAUAUGCCUCCUAAUGUUAGAUUCGUAUUGUCCUUCAAAAUAUACUCGCACAAAAACCCCCCACACACACAUACAAACUCUUAUAAAAGUGGAACCUUAACCUUAUCAAAUGUUUGCCAAAAAAAGAAAUAAUGAGAUUUUGUUUUGUCUUAUACAUAAAAAUUAAGUAUAACCAGAAAUGUUCCACACUUUAUUCCUACCUAGCAUCCGUUUCGAACUUCUCGAAAAGUCGUUGUGUCAAUGUGUGUGUGCAACCAAUCUUAGAAUUUCUUCUGAUACCGACUGGCAAGAAAUGUUUGUUUUUCGAUUUUUACUAAAAAAAUAAGAAGUGUUGUCAACAUUGUUGUUUUUAAAAAAGAAAAUAAAAAAGUAGAAGAAAUACGCCAAAAUUACCCCACCCCGCCCCCUCUUCUUAUUUUAUUUUUUUUUUUUUUGUGUAAAACAUAGCACAUGUAUCCCUGACCCCCACCCCCUCCCACUUCAUAUAUAUGUAUGUAUAGAAAUUGUUUUUGACUUUACUACUUUUAAUAUUUGAGAUAAAUAAUUAAUUUAAAAGUACUACAAUUUUUAUUACUAAACAAAAAAGUGUACAAAAUAUUUUUAAUUAACAAAAACAAAAACAACUUUUGUUAUUUAUAAGACUAUUAUUAUAUACACAUAUAAAUAUUUUUAUUUUCGUUUAUUUUAACAUUGAAUAUAAUUUAAUGUCGAAAGCGACAUUAAUAAUCAAUCAUUCAUCCUACUACCACUACUCCGCUCUGCUACCAGUUGCAUUGUCUGUCAUCAUCUCUUUGGGGGGAAUGUGUCAAAUCUGAAAACGAAAUCGUUGCACUUGAAUACAACAUUGUCCAGUAACUAAGAAUUGUUUUCUUCUUCUUCUGCCAGGACCUAAACCACAGCACAAAUCCAGAUUCAAAAUAUUUGUUGAAGUUCUCAAUAAAACUAAAACGUUUUUCUUAUAACUUUUAUGGUGCCAGGAUAAUUAAAAAAAAGGACUUUCGCUCUCUUCUUUAGAUAUUUCUAUGUUUGCCAGUUUUGUAUUGAUUGGUCGUUCUUUCAAUUGCUACUUGUGUUAAUGAAAUAAUUUAUGAUUUUUUUUAGAAUUCAUCCAUACUUGAAAUUCUCACAGCACUAAGUUGAGUGAUCUUAGUCUCUUUCAGCCUAAUAGUAUACCCACCAAUUAUGCAUGUUUACCGAUGUGCAACACUAAGAAAUGACAUAUGUAUGUCACUUUGUUGUGUUCCUGUUCUUUUUUACAGAUAAAAGAAGUAAAAGAGAGAAAUGUUACAUUCGCUCUAAGAGAACCGCUUCGCCAGAGACUGUUGUAACGGAAAACUAAUGAAAAUGUCCAAAUUAGGUGGCAAUCCUCAAUCUUUCAGUUGCUUGCAAGCUUUACUAGGUUUUCGCGUACGGGAACGGGUCUGAAGUAAAAAGUUCUAAAAUUGGUACAAUAUAUUACUCUACUGUAGGUUCUGAAACACAACUCUUAUUAGACAACUUUUAAAAACAACUUAGCCUCAUGUCAUAUUUUAAAAUUCCAACUUGAGUCUUUCUUAUACAGGGUGAGAUAAAAAAACGGCAACAAAGGCAAACGCCAUAAACUUUACAUUUUUUUUUAAUUUCAUUGAAUGAAAGCAAAAAAUGUGGGAAAUAACAUCAAAUUUUAAAACAAGUUUAGAUUUUUUCGAAUUAGUCAUCUUUGGCACGAAUUAUGGACUUCAAAUGGCUAAUGAAACCGCCACACGCUGCCCGAAUGAUGCUCUACGGUAUUUUGACCCAUUCUCGGGAGAAGCGCUUGCUUGAGGUGAUUGACACUUAGUGCCAACCUUGCUUUCCAAAAUACUCCAGACAUAAUAGUCCAACGGUUUGGUAUCCGGAGAUUUUGGUGGCCGUUGCGCGCUGGAAAUGAAGCGAUGAACCUCAUUUUGUAAGCAUUCUUGGGUGGCGCGUGCUGAGUGCGAUGGUGCUGAGUCCUGUUGGAAUGUAAAAGGUCUUCGGCCAAAAUGUUUUAAUGCCCAAGGCUUUAAUACACCCUCCAUAAUAUUUUCGUGAUAAUAUUCGACAUUUAUUCUGAUGCCAUGGUCGAUUAAUACGAGCGGAGAGCGACCAUCGGCUGUUUAGGCGGCCCACAUCAUCACCAUGGCCGGCGCUUGAGCUCUGCAUAUUUUCGCUGACCUCUUUAGCAAGUAAACACGAUCAUUUUGUUUGUUUAAAAACUGCUGGACAACGAAUGUUGUAUCAUCGGAGAAAACCAAAUUCGGCAGUUCACCACUUUCGACCAAGCGAAGCAACUCUUUAGCUCUUUUGUGUCUAUUUUCUUUCUGUUGCGGUGUAAGUUCUUGCACAUUUUGGAAUUUCAAUGGCUUUACCCCGAACUCAUUUUUCAAUGUUUGCCGAAUGGAAUAUUGCGAUAUGAUCAGCCCACGAGCCAAUUUUCGGCCACUGUGAAGCGGCUUGCUUCUUUACUUUUCGAACCAUUUCUGCUGAUGUUGCUGUUUUCUUCCGUCCACUUCCUAGUGCUACCAGUAUCACGGACACGAGCGAUGGUAUAAGACACAAAAGAUAUAUUUACAUUUAAAUGCUGGAGUGCUCUAACGAUUGCCACUUGUGGUUGCAGUUUUUCCAUCUCACCCUGUACAAGAAUAAUUAGUAUGUUUUUCUUUUGUACCAUUUGAAAAUAUAUUUUUACCUUUUUUUGUUGGAAUGUUUUGCAAUUAUGCACAAUUCGUUGUUUUUAUUGCCAAAUUCUUGAAUCUCUCCCCACCCCCCAGACAGUGUAGUAGAUAAAAUCGCGGUUUUUUUGCAUCGACGGUUUGUUCAGAGAAAAGUCUAUGACACCAUCACCCCUCCUUCAACUUUGGAUUGUCUUCUGUCCGACAUUGCCAAAUUUCGACAACUAGAUUGCCAUUUUAUGAUUACCUACCAAAAUCCGCCUCCUUCACUUGCAUACAAUCUAUGCCAGAACUUCUAUCCUAAGUAGUGAUGUGUAAAUACAUAUUUCCACAAAAAAAAGUAAAACUAAAAAUAUAUAUGUAUACAUAUUAUAUACUUUAUUACUAAUCAAUAUACGUUAUAGAUGUCUUUUUAGUUUACAAACAUACAAAAGAAAACAAAACUAAACAAAAAAAUAAAUAAUUGAUUGUUAGACUUUUAAGCUACCGUUUUUAGUAGUUCUAUAUACACACAUAUACAUAUAUAUUAAACUAAAAACAAAACUAAUAAUUAUUUGGUGCACAACAAUGAAAUGAAAACUCGAAAUAAACAAACAGACUUUGUUUCGUGUUUUCCUAUUCAAUUUGAAGAAAAAGAA